AUGGUGAAUUCUGUUUUGUCCUUGGGAAAAUGUCCGCUUAUUAAAUGCUGCCACGUUUCUUGUUCUUCGCCUCCUGUAGCGCCUGAAGCCCCUGUAUGUGAGAACGGCACGGCAUUCGCCGCCGGGAUGUUGCUAAUCAGAUGGCGCCUAGCGGUCGUUUCCGGAUUAGUCGCUAAAAAAUACCGUGCGACAAAUGUCGAUGGCGCGCUGCAAAUCGCCUCAAUCACACGGUCGAUCGGGGCAAAUGGCGCGUCUGCGAUGAUGUCCCCCCGGGGAGACGUUCUCGGCCACGCCCGCAUCAAUCUCUGCCUCCUCUCAACGGCCGUCGUUGCGUCGUUCGCCAACGAGUCGCGCUGGUACUCGUUUCGACGUUUGGUCGAUGGUCACUACGAGUCACUGAAGGACUGGUCCGUCUCCCUCACACAGGAUGGACGAUGGUCACUUCCUCAUCCCAUGCUAUUUUACUGGGCGGUGACCAUUACAGUGCACAGACUCCUGUUUCUUCCUCAUCGAGUGGCAGUGAGAUAUCUACCUCAGAAGAAAGAAAAAGGAAUGACUCCACUCGGCAUCAAAGCCGGACCUCUCGGCUCAGAGCUUGGUGUCCUGCAAGCAAGCAUUUCCGGUCUACGGUCGGUUAACAGCGUUUCUGUCCAUGAGCGCUUUCCAUCAGUUCUCAUUUGA